CGCACGCGCCCAUGGCCAACCGCAGCUGCCAAGGGCACUUCAUCCUCCUGGGCUUCUCGGACAGGCCGGACUUGGAGCGGCCGCUCUUCGUGUUCGUGCUCAUCUCCUACCUGGCGGCCCUCGUGGGCAACCUCCUCAUCGUGCUGGUGUCGCGCCUGGACUCCCGCCUGCACACGCCCAUGUACUUCUUCCUCACCAACCUGUCGCUCCUGGACCUGGGCUUCACCAGCAGCGCCAUCCCGCAGCUGCUGGUGCACCUGCGCGGCCGGGCCCGCGCCAUCAGCUGGGCGGGCUGCGCCGCGCAGCUCUUCCUGUUCCUGGCGCUGGGCGGCGCCGAGUGCGUGCUGCUGGCCGCCAUGGCCUACGACCGCUUCUGCGCCGUGUGCCGGCCGCUGCGCUACGCCGUGCUGCUGCGACCCGCGCGCCGCGGCGGGCUGGGGGCCACGGUGUUCGUCCUGUCGGUGGCGAUCGUGCUGGCGCCCCUGUCGCUCAUCCUGGCCUCCUACGUCCUCAUCGCCCGCGCGGUGCUGCGCCUCGGCUCGGCAGGGCGGGCCAAGGCCCUGCACACGUGCGGGGCACACCUGGCGGUGGUGGCGUUGUUCUACGGCAACAUCGUCUGCACGUACAUGCAGCCGGGCGGCGCGGGCGCGCAGGGCAGGUUCCUCACACUCGGCUACAGCCUGGUCACCCCCGCGCUGAACCCCGUCAUCUACACGCUCAGGAACAAGGACGUGAAGGGCGCGCUCAGGAGGCUCGUGGCCAGCACGCGCGGCGACCAGGCCCUGUCCUGAGGCGCGGCCCUCACUUCCCGGAGAUCUCUGCGGGCCACCCCGGGGCCGUCGCCCGUGAGUGGGAAGCCGCGGGCCCGCUCCGCGUCCCUGCGUCCUUUCCACGCGGCCAUGUUGAGCGAACCCAACAACACCCAGCUUCUGCACCGGCCACCGGCCCAGACCCAGCCCUCUGCAAACCAGACGUCCCCUACUCUCUCCUGGUGGUUCAGUUGUCGCUCACCGGCCUGCCAGUGGAACCCAGCACUUGGCCACACCGUCUUCUGGUGGGUAUGAGUGUCGUUAUAUGGAGCAGGUGGAGGUCAGUGGACAUGGCUCACCUCAUCACUUACAGUUUCAUGUUUUCUCUGGAGACCAGCAGAUGGCCUGGCCGUUUCGCGCUGGACUCCCAC